UUAGUGUGAAAAGCAUUUUCCUGGCAAUUUCUAGACAGCCUCUGAUCUCUCUCUCUCUCUGGUUCUUAUAUCUGCCCCUUUGACUUGGGAUCGAUUGAUUUGUUGCAUCGGUCGGUCUCUCUCUUAAUAUCCAGAGAUCUUCAAAGGUGUCGGCUUUGUUAGUUCAUAUGGGAUUUUUUUUGGUUGUCUCGAUUAAAGGAAUGCUAUAAAUCUGCGUUGAGAAACGAAACGGUUUCCACAUUUUUUUAUUUGUUUUUCCAGGAAUCCUUAUGGAAACAUUCCAUGUUAAUGUUUUGAUUUUGACGGCUUCGGAUUUAGAUUUUUGUUUUCUCGGUUCUUUUUUUAUUUGAAUUAUGUGAUCGAAAUAUUGUAUUGUGAUCUUACGAUAAUGGUUAUUGGCAGUGCUAAUUUAGGGUAUAAGGUGGUUGAUAUAGGGAUCUUAGAUUUUGGGGCAAAAAAUGGCAAGUGGGUCUGGGGAAUCAACGAGCAGGCCACCUCAAAGCCCGUCUUUCUCGAGCAACAAUAAUAAUAACAGUGAUGCUGGUAAUUUUGAAUGUAAUAUUUGCCUUGACUUAGCUCAAGACCCUAUUGUUACCUUAUGCGGCCACCUAUUCUGCUGGCCUUGCCUUUACAAAUGGCUCCACAUGCACUCGCAGUCCCAGGAAUGCCCAGUUUGCAAGGCCCUUGUUGAGGAGGAGAAGUUGGUCCCUCUGUAUGGCAGGGGAAAGACAUCAACAGACCCGAGAUCGAAGUCUAUCCCUGGCGUUAAUAUUCCAAGUCGUCCGGCUGGGCAGAGACCUGAGACAGCUCCUCCACCGGAACCAAAUCAUUUUCCCCAUCAUGGAUUUGGGUUCACGGGAGGUAUGGGAGGUGUUGCACCAAUGGCAACUGCAGGGUUUGGGAAUUUCACAUUCUCUGCAGCUUUUGGGGGUCUCAUCCCAUCUCUAUUUAACCUUCAGUUACAUGGGUUCCCAGAUGCUGCUAUGUAUGGUACGCCGGCUGGUUAUCCUUUCGGGUUUUCUAAUUCAUUUCACGGUGGUCAUGUCCAUGGAUUCCGUCAGCAUACUGGUCAUAGGCAACAAGACAAUAAUCUGAAGAAGCUGCUUUUUUUUAUUGGGUUUUGUGUUCUUCUUGCUCUCAUCUGGCAGUAGUUUAAAUCUGUUAUCAGAACUUAAACCUGCUAACAGAUGUGGGGGUGAAACUCAUGCAAUUGUAAUUUGUUAGUGCAUUUUGGGUUUAGUUUUCUAUGAUCAAGGAAAUUGUCCAUAAUAUACUUUGUGCGUACUUUUCUAGCCGCUUUUAAGAAUGUAAAGCGUGAUUUACUUGUCUUUCUUCCUUUGUUUCAAUUUCUCUUAUUUAAAAAAGUCUUUUUAA